AUGCGAAUCGAGGAGCUUCCCGGCGAUUCCGGUGGCGGGGGUGGAGGCCGAGGGGCGGGGGAGCUGCAGCUGCGUCGGGAGGAUGGUGGGGCCGACGGUAGUGAGCUGAAGCUGCGUGGCGAGGAUGGCGUUGUCGCCGCGGCGGGGGAGGAGGAGAAGGGAGAGGGUGCGGGUAGGGUGAUCGCGCAGGCGGCUUUGGAUGCGAAGCGCGCGGCGGUGGGCGUCGGCGCUCGGAUGCUGUUCUACCCGACGCUGGUGUACAACGUCGUGAGGAACCAAUGCGAGUCUCAGUUCCACUGGUGGGAUCAGGUCGACGAGCAUGUGCUGCUGGGUGCUGUUCCAUUCCCGAGCGAUGUUUUGCGGCUGCAGAAGCUUGGAGUUUGUGGUGUGGUCACACUAAACGAAUCAUAUGAGAGGCUUGUUUCCAAGUCAUUGUACGAGGCUCAUGGGAUUGAAAACCUGGUGCUACCAACUAGAGAUUACCUUUAUGCGCCGUCAUUUGACAACCUUUGCAAGGCUGCUGACUUCAUCCACAGAAAUGCUUCAUGUGGUAAGCUGACUUAUGUUCACUGCAAAGCUGGACGGGGACGCAGCACCACCGUUGUUCUUUGCUACUUGGUGCAAUACAAACAAAUGACACCUGCUGGAGCUUUUGAACAUGUUCGGUCAUGCAGGCCAAGGGUGUUAUUGGCUUCCGCACAAUGGAAAGCUGUCCAGGAAUUCUACCAGCUUACAGUGAAGAAAAUUCAGGGCUCCAGUUGCAUCGACAGCCCAAUCGUUAAAAAGGUUCCAUCUCCAUCUCCGGUGUUGCUUGCUACUCGAAACCUCAUCACUUUUGAUGAGAAGACAUUCGUGAUGGUCUCAGAAUCAGACCUUGAAGGGUAUAAUGCGGAUGCCUUGGCAGUUAACGUGGGCAGUGGUUUGUGGGAAAUAAGUUUAGUAUACCGUGUUCAGUUUGCUAGCCAGGCAGCAUUUGCAGGGUUUUCAUACCUGUGGUUACAGUGCCGCGCCCACAAGGACACGGAGGCACUCACUGAGAGCAUUGGUAGUGAGAGCUGCUCGCUGGAGGCGGAGCAGCCUGCGAACGGUCACCACUGUCUACUUCAAGGUGUCGUGGUUAAUCCGUGA